AUGCGCACGCCCGUCCUGUCUCGCCAGCGCCUGCCACUCAUACACCAGUCUCCGCCCACACUCUUCACCUGGGCCCGCCCACCCUUGGAGCAAUUUCUUGGCAGAGAUUUUCCCCUCAGCUCCCGCCUAAAGCGCCAAGGUGACGCCCCUCGGGGCAGGUCCGGGCUGCGCACCGGGCUCUUUCAAGUCCCCGGUCCCAGACCUGCAAGUGCGGGCCUGCGCCCGGCGCGGCGGCAGGAACCUCUGUCCUCCUGUGCAGACUCGCCGAGCCCUGAACUGGGCCGGGCUGUCCCCAUCCCGCGGGUUCCCCGGCCCGCCUUAGCAUCUAUGGGUCCAGAUGCCGUUGGCCUGGAGGUGGUUCCAUGGCAGCCUGCGAAUCCACUUUAUAUGAGACGAGACCCCAGCAUCCCCACCUAUGGACUCCGACAGUCUAUCUUACUGAACACCCGGCUUCAGGACUGCUACGUGGACUCUCCAGCUCUGACCAACAUCUGGACAACCAGAACAUGUGCAAAGCAGAAUAUCGGUGCCCCCAUGCCUGGGACCACCUCUUCGUGGGAAGUUGUCAAGAACCCAUUAAUUGCCAGUUCAUUCUCCCUGGUUAAACUGGUGCUCAGGCGACAACUGAAGGAGAAAUGCUGCCCUGUACCACGCAAGUUUGGAGACGUAAAACCCCUGAAGAGAUUAAAGCCCAAGGAGGUUUCAGUGAUGAAAGCUGUCCAGCAGGGCAGGAUCAGAAACCCCAUCAGUUCCAAGGGCAAGCGGCCAGUGGGGCAGCAGCCAGGCUUACCUAGGUGCAGGAGGCCUUCAGGAGACAUCCAUGAGAGUAAAGAAAGUUCAAAGGAGAAAAAAGUAACAGUCUGCCAAGAUCUUGAGAGCAGAUAUGCUGAACAUGUGGCUGCCACCCAAGCACUACCCCGGAACAUUGGGACAGCGUCCUGGAAGGGCCGAGCCUUGCUUCCUGAAACCAGGAAGCAACAGCCGUUGUCAGAGGACACACUGACCAUCCACGGCCUCCCCACAGAGGGCUACCGGGCUCUGUACCACGCAGUGGUGGAGCCAAUGCUGUGGAAUCCUUCAGGGACCCCCAAGAGGUACAGCCUGGAGCUGGGCAAGGCCAUCAAACAAAAGCUCUGGGAGGCCCUGCGCAGCCAGGCUGCCACCCCCCAGGGUCCUCAGGAGGAGCCGCUGCGGGGCAGGAAGCGGCUGGAGGCCCACGAGGAGCUUGUGCCCAAGAAAUGGGCCAAGUUAAAGCGUGAGAAACAGGAAUGGGAGCUCAUGGGAUGA